AUGCCGCGCUCUCCGCAUAUCACGGGCGAUUCCUUCGUGGUGACCGGGCCCAAUAUUUACCGGUGCCAGACAUGUGGCAAAAUUUACACCAGACAAGGCCAUCUGGACCUGGAGCACAGAGACAUGAGCGAUCGCGUUAAUACCGAUUCCCGGCCGUAUGCCUGCAAAUUCGAAGGCUGCGACAAGUCGUUCAGCCGGAGUGAUGUGUUGAGACGGCAUGAGCUCUUGCAUGUUCGCGGCUCGAGGUCAACGCCGUCGACACCACCGGCGCCGUACCAGGCUUCGCAAGAUGACUUUUCCGUCUGGGGAGGGCAGUCAAGAUCGCCUGAGCCGUCCGAGUAUUCGCAAGAUGGCUCGUCCGUCGUUGAGGUAUCGCAUUCAAGUUUGCCGCAGCCGUCCCACACUUCGCCAAAUAUGCCGUCGAAUGGAACAAGACAAUCAAGACCACCAGAACCUCCUAUGAUCUCCCAGGACGUCCCAUCCAAUGGAGUGGAACGGACACAACCGCAGGAACCGCCCCAGGUCACUCAAACCGCCCCGUCCAAUGAAGCGGGACAGCCGGAACCUGCCCAGGCUACUCCAACCGCCCCGUCCAAUGAAGCGGGACAACCGAAACCAAAACCGCGAAAGUCACGGAUGCCGCCAGAUGUAGAUCGAGUCUGGCAAGACCCGUUCACCGGAAAGCCGUACCUCGUCUUCCAGUCCGGCGUACCGACUGUCGUACCUCCGGGCGCUGAUCCAACACCGGAACCCCCAACGCCUCCUCCUGCCCGUCCUGCCAAGCGUCAGAAGACUGCUGCGGUUCCUAUUCCCGCCGGUCCGCCAGUGCCGCCAGUCCCGAAGCCAGACAAUUUGCUUCCGUGGCUGAUGGCUAGAUUCGGCGGCCCUGGCCUUCCGCCGAAUGGAAACCUGAUAUGGAGACCUCAGCCGGACAUUGAACAAGCGUUCUAUCUCAUCACUGACAUGCUGAAGAGUUAUACUCCCGGAGGAGCCCCAAUUGGGCUUACAACUGAGUUCCUCGAGGGUUGUCUGCAUGCGUUCUUUCAACGAGUAUGGCCUGGUCUUCCGGUGAUCCAUGCACCCACCUUCGCUUGGCAACGAACGAUUCCUACGCUUCUGCUCCACAUGCUCGCGCUAGGCUCUCUGUUUACUUCUAUCCCGAAUGCAUUCCAUAGAGGCGAAAUCUUAUGGCGACUGGGACACGCUGCUGUUACAAGUUGCUGGCGCGGUCUAAUCGCCCAUCGCGGCCCGUACGACCAAUGCGAAGGGGUGCAACUCGUUUUGAGUUCUCUGCUAGGACAGAUUUACGCCUUGAUGUCCUUUAACCCUGAGAUCCGUUCUACGACCUUUCUCUCGCGUGGCCUGGGAUUCUUCUGGGCUAGAACGUGCGGCAUGUUCGCGAGCGGCGAUAUGGCAGACUGCCAGCCCGACCCUAAAAUGUCAGAAAUUGUGAACAAACAUCGCUGGGAAAGGUGGGCGGCAUUGGAAGUACAAAGGAGAGCAGUUCACGGUCAUUACAUCCUUGACGGUUUGAUUUCGCAGACUUUUGUGGCGCCAACGAGCUGUCGACAUAUAUUGAAUCCUGUCGCGUGUGCAAGUUCAGAUCGAGCUUUUGCAGCCACCACGGUUUACGAGUGGAUGUUCGUUAUGGGACAAUCCAAAGAGGUGCAUAGCCCGGUGUCAAAGGUUUACGCCAACCUCCUCGACGACGCGUACGUACAAGGCCCGCCUAUGGCCUCAUCGCUUACGGUAUCGGUGGUCCUCGAAGGAGUGCAGUCGUUGAUCGCCGAACUACACGAUGCAGUCGAUGAUACCUUUGCUGUGGUGCCACGCCGUAAGCUCGUGCAGGCAUUGCUGCGUAUUUACCUUUCCUACCCACUAAGCCACAGCAAUCAGCUCCGCUGGCACCACGCAUUCAUGGAGAUCGCCGCCCCAUCGAACGAAAUGUGCCGAGCCCUGUGCCGAGUUCUCAAUAUCCCUCCUAUGCCUGGUCGAAGCGCGGGAUACACCUCACCUGGCGUGAUGGAUCUAAGCCGCUGGGUGCAUACGGCAGACGCCACGCGCUCACUUAUCCACGCCGUCGCAGUCAUCAACAUUCUCCGCGUCAGCUCUCUAGACCCCGCCCAGGCGCCCCUCCUACCAAUGGCAAUGUUUUCGUCGGCUAUGGUCAUUGGCGCUUUCUGUAUGUUCAAGACCCCUAGUAUUGUCAUUCCGGUGACUGAGCAGUGGGUGUAUGUCUGGGAGCGUCUGUUUCGAACGGACUUGACGGAUGCGGGAGAACAGGGUCCGGUGGAGCCACCGAGGCCGGAGCAGCCAUUGAGGCCGGAGGCGCCCCGCGAGCAGGAACCGCCACAAGAGCGUGAGGAGAAUGGAGAGCAAGAGAAUGACAAAGAGAAGAAUCAAGAAGAGGACCGGGAAGAGGGGCAAGGAGAGACGCUGGAGCAGGGACAAGAUAAGAACCAGGAGGAAGCCCAGGAGCAUCAAAUGGGGACGCAAGAAGAGGGGCCAGAACGGGAGCAAGAUAAGAGACAGGCGGAAGCCCAGGAGAAUCAAAAGGAGGCGCAAGAACAAGUGCAAGAAGAGGGCCCGGAGAAUGCCCAAGAAGAGGUGAGAGAAGAGACGCAAAACGAGAUCCGAAUGGAAGACCAGGAGGAAGCGGAGGAGGCGGAUGAGGCGGAUGAGGCGGAAGAAGAGGAAGAAGCAGAGGAAGUAGCGGAAGAAGUGGAAGAAGACGGAGGAGAAGAUGAGCAAGACGAGGGCCAAGAGGAGCAAGACGAGAGCCAAGGGGAACAGGAGGGGGAGCAAAAGGAUGGGCGGAAUGAGGAGUGGGAGGAGUGGGAGGACCAGAGGCAGGAGCAGCAGCGUAAGGAACAGGAACAGAAGGAGCGUGAGGAAGAUGAGGAUUAUGAUCCGGACGAGGAGGAGGAGGAGCAAGAUAGCGAUAACGAGCAGGACAGGAAGGCGACGGCGCAGGAUCGAGCCGCGAUGCAAAGUCAAGAUCGAGAACAGCAGCCGAAUCAGACCCAGCGUGAGGAGCAGUCUCAAGGGCAGUCUCAAGAGCACCCUCGCGAGCAGCAUCAACAACAGACCCAAGCGCAACACCAAGAACAGCGUCAAGAACAGCAUCCGCCGCAACCUCAACCUCAACCCCCACAGCCGUAUCAACCUCAGCGUCCUCUCCCGCCCCCCACCGAAGCCGACGAAUUCUUAAUCGCACUGCAACCAAAGGCCGGGGUCCCCUUCACCCCAAUAAAUCUCCCCGAGCAGCUGCACUACCUGCAGGCGCUGCUCCGGAAUCUAAAUUCGUGCUGGGGCGUCGGCGCGCAGAUGGAUCACGUCGUGUCGAACCUGACGGCGCUCGUCUUCAGGCGCCAGCAAAAUCUACCCCCGGCACAGGGUCCUCCAGCGAGGACACCAUGGGUUGUGCAGGUUACGCGCUGA